UAUAUUAUGAUUAUUAAACUAUAUAGGUUUACCAAACACAAAUGAGGACGUUCUAUAAUUAGACAUGAUAUUAAAUUUGUUUUUGAAGCACUUGCAAACGAAUGUGAUCUCCAUGAAAUAAUAAGGUAAAAAAAGGUUUAUUAAUUGUUUUUAGGAAACAAAUUUUGAAACAUUCUGUGAGAGUGAUUAAAGCUAGAAUAAUACAAAAGAGGUAGUAUGGACUACUUUAAUUCCAUUUAAAACGACUAUGGAGAAAAAGAUCGACGAGUUGAAAAAACGUUUCGAUGAAUUAGACAAAGAUAAAGAUGGCUCAGUGACAUUGAAGGAAUUCAAAGAGGAAUUGUUAAUUCAAGGGUUUCCAGAAUGCUUAGCUUCUAAAUUUAUGGUAAAAUUUGAUCAUGAUAAAGAUGGGAAAAUUACCUUAGAUGAAUUUGUCAAAACACUUUUAUGCACGGAUGAUAAUGCUGUUUCACCAAAAGCUGAAUAACCUGUACGAAAUCAUUCACGCGUGCAUGCAUUUGUAUUUUGUCAAGAUAAGAGAGAAAACUGUUUUUUGUCUACCAAUACCGGCUUUGUCUUAUUUAUUGAUUCCAGUUCAUGUCAUGUGUUUUAAGUUAUUUGAAUGAGAAAUAAUUUGUGAACUAUUAAAAUUUGUUUAAUGGCAUAUUUUUGUUAAGAUAAAUAUAAUAAACUUCCUAAAAAAUGAUA